AUGGCUCUCCUUGACCACGAGCUUGCCCCUGUAGAGGCUUCCGAUGUGGCUGAGAUGGUCUCCGGACUGCAACAUAGCAUGGAUGAAAAGCGCGACUACGAAGCCGACGUGGAACUCACAAAGCGGGUUUCCAGCUCGAAUGUUUCUGCCAACGAAUACGAAGUUGACGAGAAGCUGUACAAUGAUAACGGCAAGGAAAAAGUGCUGGAGACUGCUGAGGACUUCAGUAGGGCUCUCGUGAGCAGCGAUGACGACCCUAAUUUGAUCAUCCACACGUUUCGCAUGUGGUUCACCGGCGUCGGUCUCGCCGUCUUCGGUGCUGUCCUCGGUAUGCUCUUUCAAUUCCGCCCACAGGUCAUCAGUGUCUCGGCUUUAUUCCUCCAGCUGCUCGCCUACAUGAUCGGGCGUCUGCUUGAAGUCGGGAUUCCUGGUCCCGGAACUCGCUUUAACAACGGUAACUGGUUUUGGAGGUUCAUGAACCCUGGACCGUUCAAUAUCAAGGAACACGUCGGUGCUCAGAUCCUCGCGAACACUGCUGCCACUGCCGCGCAGGCAUGCUUCGUGUUCGCCUCAGACGAUCUCUUCUACGGGAUCACAGUUAACCCGGGAAACGCGAUAUUCACCCUUCUGGCUUCCCAGUUAAUUGGCUAUGGAUUUGCAGGAAUGUUCCGUGCAUUCCUUGUGUAUCCGACGAUCAUGCUGUACCCGCAGAAUCUGAUUUACGUGAAUCUCUUUGAUGUGCUGCACCGAUCGAAGGGAGAGAUGCUCCAAGGCAAACGAUUCCGCUUCUUCUGGAUCAUGACUGCGGUGAUCUUUGUAUACGAGUGGUUCCCAGAGUGGAUCGCGCCGCUGCUUGGCUCGUUCAAUAUUGUUUGCUUAUGUGCAAGAAACUCCAACUGGGUGUCAUAUAUCUUUGGCGGGGCUGAGGGAAACGAGGGGAUGGGACUGAUGGGCUUCGGGCUGGAUUGGGCCAAUAUUACGAGCGCCCCGUUUUAUCAGCCGUUGCCGACGCAGAUAUCUACUUAUGUCGGUUGGGCGAUCAACUACGUUCUUCUUCCCGCCAUCUUUGCUACCAAUACUUGGUCUGCCCUCGGUUAUACAAGCUGGUGCAAUGUCGCUGACUCUUUGACUCAGGUACUCCCAGAACUUCCCAUUCAUCUCACAGAACUUGUGCGUGGUUCUGUAAUCCAAAAUGGAACCAUCUACGAUCAGAAUUUGAUCCUCACUUCCGAUCAAAGUCUCAACAAGACAGCAUACGCAGAGGUUGGCCAACCGUGGCAGAGCGGUUCCACCGUCAUCUAUAACCUCGGUGUCAACUUGUCUAUAGGCGCUACCUUUGUCCAUAUCGGCCUGUGGCACGGGAAGGAGCUUUGGGAAGCGUUCAUGGACUAUUUCCAUGGCAAGACACCCGCAGAUCUGCAUUACCAGAAGAUGAAGGCAGGGGAUAUUCUUACUCGUAUCUACAAGGAGGUCCCGUUGUGGUGGUAUGGUUGUAUUACCCUUGGCGCAUUCAUCACAGCGAGUAAGGUUCCUCUAUAUUUCACCCUGUGGCGUUUGCGUAACACGAUCCGUGUACAGUGGUGUGCGCAUACACUGAGCGAUCUGGGUAAAUCCAUCCCCAAGGUUUUCCUUCGUGCUUUAACCAUUCUCGCACGCAGAUUGCCAUGGUGGGCCCUGAUAAUUGCUCUGUUGUUUGCUGCCAUGAUCCUGCCAUUCUACGGCGCGAUGCAAGCGGUGGCAGCCUGGGUGCCCGGAAUUACCAACCUUUUCCAGAUCUUCGCUUCUGCGUUGAUCCCUGGGUCGUCCCAAGCCAAUAUGUACUUCGAGUUGUAUUCCAGCCAGUCCCUCAUUCAGGCGGCGAGUAUGCUGAGUGAUCUCAAGCUGGGGCAAUACACGAAACUACCUCCUAGAGUGACAUUCUCAGUACAAGUCGCGGGUACCGUCGUCGGCGCUCUGCUCAACUAUGUGAUCAUGCAAACCGUUGUUCGUAACGAGCGCACUAUCCUGCUGAGCAACGAAGGCACGCGUGUUUGGAGCGGACAGCAGAUCCAAUCGUACAAUGCCAACGCUGUGCUAUGGGGCGCGCUCGGAAAAGAGAUCUAUGGUUCUGGUGGCCCGUACUUCAUCGUUCCGCUGGGCAUCGUCAUCGGACUUGCCUUGCCUGUUAUCCCGUGGCUUCUAUAUAAGAAAUACCGCUGGUCCUGGAUAUUGCACGUGAAUACGGCAGUACUAGCUGCAUGUAUCGGUGACCUGGCCGGUGGUACCAAUGGGUAUAUCAAUACUUGGAUGCUGAUUGGGCUCACUUCCCACUUCUACAUCCGCAAGUACCGGGCUGGUUGGUUCCGAAAGUACAAUUACUUACUGGGCGCAGCCGUGGAUGGUGGCUCUCAAGUCUUCGUCUUCAUCUUCUCGUUUGCGCUUGCAGGUGCCGGAGGCGUCACCGUGGAUAUCCCCUUCUGGGCAUUGAAUCCCGAUGGCAAUGCGGACUAUUGCAAGGUCACUCAGCAAGAAGGUUGA